CGGUAAUAAAUUAACUCAUUAAUAAAUGUAUAACUCGCAACAAUUUAGUCAUAAACCCCCCAAUCCAUUUGGUCUCUCACGAAGCCAUCGUCUGUCGGCAGAACCCUAGAACCAACCGGCGAGCUGAGCUUGCGAGAUUUCUAUGCUAGUCAGAUAAUUAGUAAUAGUUUGAACUGAAAAAAAUUCCGGAUCGGAUUUUGCCUUGGGUAUAAAGCAAACAUGGCUGACUUAAACCCAGGUAUACUAAUAGAUAUUGUGGAUGAAGAAUGGAUGAGAAGCACUCUUCCUGAUGAUGAGCUUCCCCUACCACCAGUGCUUGUUGUACGGACUGAUGACACUGAGGAUUCCAAUCAAGAGACUCAACAAGUUGAUGCGGAUGGUUGGCAUGAUCUUGCAUUGCCUUCCCAGUGAUUUUUCCUUUUCUUUUGGCCGUAAGAAUGUGUGUAAUUUAGUGGCUGUGCCGGCUUAAAAUGAAUUGGAUUAUUGUUUUUUGGGUUUGUUGAAUGUGAUCUUUACAUGAACCUGAUCAUGUGCAACGCUAAUCUGUAUUAUGUUCUUUUUAUUGUAUUUUAUUCGGAAACAAGUUCUGUCA